CCCCUCUCAAACUCUGGUUGGUGGGGGCUAUAGGUCGCAGGUGGGCCCUAUCAGAUAUAAGCUGCGAUCACAGUUCCCUGUACAGACCUCAGGAGGGAAGACGUUCAACUAAAAGCCUGAAGAUAAGACAGGAUGGCCUUGUUCAAGACUGCUUUGCUUCUCUUCAUUUGUCUUGAAGGCAGCGCUCUGACUUCAGCUUUCAAGGUUGAUGGUUUGCAAACCGUCCCAGAUGACCUUAGAGCAACUGGAGAUGUCUGCCAGGACUGCACCCAAAUAUUUACACUCCUCGCUGACAUGUUUUCCAAUGCAGAUCUCCAGAAAAAGAUCAUGGAUGGCAUUGAAAAUCUGUGCGACCACCUGCCAGGGCCAGCUGCUGCCAAACUGUGCAAAGACCAGGUGGAGAAGAUGCUUCCAAUGGCCAUCCAGUUCCUUACUGGUGUUGUGAAACCAGUAGAUGUCUGCAAAAUCCUUGGGCUCUGUGGCUCUUGUCACAAGCAGGAGAAGAUGCUCCAUUAUUUUGUCAAGGAGGCCCUUCAGGUUGCUGUGACAAGUGAGAAUGUGGAUCCUACAACACAAUGCACCUUCUGCAUUUUUCUCAUCAAGACCCUGGAGGACUUGCUGCCCAAAGAAAUGACUGAGGAUGCUGUGGUCCAGCUGCUGGAGGAGCUUUGUCAGAUUUUGCCCCCCUCCUACCGAGUCCAGUGUGAGGCCAUAGUUGGCAAAUUUAGCAAGACGGUCAUAGACGCCAUCCUGGGCUACGCCACCCCUCAGGCCAUCUGCGCCCUAAUCCGCCUGUGUAAAGGGCAGGAGGCUCUACUUGUAGAUCCGUGCACUUUGUCAGCGUACAGGUGCAGAGACAUGAGGACUGCCCUCAAGUGUGGAACGAUGUUUUACUGUCAGAAAUAUGCCUGGAAGCCUCUCAACACCUUAAAAUAUUAAGUGUGGGACCAAAAAUAUGAGUCAGAGUCGAAGGCCCCAAAGAUGACCCAGAUCUUUCAACAUCAAACUGCAAAUAUUUCUCUAACUGCUUGACACCUGUGGCAUUCUGUCUGAUAGCAUUUCAGAUACUGAUAUGAUAUCUGAGUGCAUUUUUUUUGAUUUUGCAUUGUACAUACUGUCUGCACUGAGUAAAGAAAGCCAGGUCUUAGCCGGACAAACUAUCAUGACAAAGGCAUUAUUUGAAGUUCAGGAGUGAAAGGAAUGUGGAGCAGAUACGAAGGCUCAACUGCAGGAUCAGAAAGUUGAAUGAUUCGUACAAAAGGAAGAAUUUUCACAAAUAUUCUGUCGACUUGAUAAGAACUUUAUGUUUUUCACUUUUUUUUUUUUUUUAGAUGUGUGUACUGUCCUUUACAUAUAAAGUUUUAUGGCUCCAUCUGCUUUUAAGUUUCUUCUUGUAAUCUUUCACAUACAGUCAGAUGAUUUUGGGAGAAUUAUCUGAAUAAUGUUAAAAAAAACAUCACUGGGUCUGACUUCUCUUCAGCUAUUAAGUUUUCAAAUGCUUGUACCAUUCAGCACUCUGUAUUUUGUAGGCAGUUCUUUUUUUUUUUACAGGUCUUUAUCCCUACCCUAGUGAAGUAGUUAAAGCAGCUCUAUGAGAAAUUCAGAGCAUGAGUUGUCUGCACACGGUUCUUAACAUGAAGGUGGCUGAGUCAGCAGCUAGCAGCUAACGAAGCUAACUCCAUAAACAGUGUUAGGCAACAGUGUUGGCAGAGCUAAUGGUGUUAACAAGGGGGAACCAGAAGAUGGGUGCUAUGUCUCUGGGACAACCUAAUAUCAGCUGUAACUGCUGCACAAGCACAGUGGCGAUGAUCUAGUCAGUGGGAUACACACAUGCCCUACCAUUCAUGUGCUGCCAAACCAGUUUACUGCAACAAACCUAAGAGAAGCUCAUAUUAGCAUAGUAGCAUGACUUCAUUCUUCACAUAGCUAAUAGGUGUUUGCUGCUAUAUUCAUGCUCUGAAUUUCACAUAGAAAACCUUUUAAGUCUAACUUUAGUGGUUAUGUUUUCUGAACUUGAACUUUGUAUUUGCAUUUUUAAAGUGAAGUGAAUGAGUCUUUGUUCAAUCAAAAGUCUAUCACUGAGUGUAAGGGUGUGUAUAGGUAUAUCGCUGCUGUUAACGUUCACACAGUAGGAGUAUGAAAGCCAGAAAUGAAACUUCUCAUGGGAUUAAAUCAAGGUACUUAUAUUCUGUCAGAGGAAGUGAUCAUGUUUUCAACCUCUUGAUUCUGAUACCUACUUCUGCCUUCAUGUUUUAUCAUUUUUAUCUCCAUCAACAACAUUGUAAUUGCUGUUGGCAAGAACCUCCAUAUACAAAUAAUCAUUUAAGUAACUGUUAAGGGUCAUAAUUGAAUCACAUGAAUCUGCUUCACAGCACAAAAUAAAUAACCAACAGCACAGCCAGUGAGCACAGGGAAUGGUGCAGUUUAUUUGAAGGGUUUGAAAGAGAAACUCAACAACAAAUCAAACUCCUCAGCAUGAAUUAUUGAAGAGGGAGAUUUUGCAACCUCAGGGUAGAAACAGGGUAAGGAGUCAGAUAUAUAAGGAUAGGGGCAUUGCAAAAAAAUGAGAAGGCACUUUUACACAUUCAGCAACCACACUGACAGACUAACUUCUAAUCAACAUAGAAAAAAAUGCUCGUCAACAUCCCCCCACAGGAGACUAUGUAAACAGGCUGGUUUCUCUGUACAACACCAACCAAUCAUUUUGUCUCUUCUGUAGAUGAGAUGCAAACAUAUUGUAAAACGUCUUUGGGAGGUGGAUCAUUUCACCGGAUAAAUAAUCAAACAGACAGUCUAAAAUGUUCUCAGCAACAAUGUAUGGCUCCUGUCUGAGGUUUCUCUGCAGUGCACUCAAAGAGCCACACGGUGGUGGCAGAGGAGCCAAGCUAAAGACCAGACAUCAGUGCUCUGAAAGUAGAAAACAAUCUUAACUUCAGUUGUAUAUAUAUAUAAGGACACAGUGCCACCUAGCUACACGAUGAGGACACUUUGACUAACUGCACACACAGUUCACACUAAGUACCAACUGUGGUGAUUUAAUAACAACCUCACACAGGUUUACAUUUGGCUUAGCUUUAACUAAGAGAGGGGCAACCAGGGAAGCAUUCAAAGGCAUAUACUGUAUAUUCAAAUCUGGCCAGAGUCUCUGGCACGCAUCAUUAUCUUUUAAUUUACUCACUAAACUCUCAACAAAACAGUCUUAAAAAGAACAAGGAGAGGAGCAACCUUGACUAACCAAGAUCGUUUCAAGUGUACUAAUCAGGAAAAUUUGGACUUGUGCCAUCCACGACCCAUAGGGUAUGGUGUCAAGAUUGUUUUUUUUUUAAAAACACAUAAAUAAAUUAAAAACAAAAGCUUCAGCUGCAAGCUCAGCAAGCAUUUUGGGACUACUGUACAUACAACAUUAGAAAUAGAAGCCUUUCCAAUUUUGGUAACUCAAGAACCAACAUGCUGUGCAACUCCAGUGGAUGAUUGAAAAUCCACAAAUGUAACCGUAUCAUAUUCUGAUCCCACGUCCUCGUGUACUAAACUAACUCUGCCGAGAAGACAAGAGCAGUAUCACCAUGUCUUACAUUCGCUACGGCGACUGUGUGCUGCCUCUUAUGUCUUGGUCUGUGUGUGGCUCUGCUCUUUUGUUUCUUCCGUGCCAUUCAACCUUUCAUAUUGUGCGUAUGUGAGACUGAAGGUGUCAGUACCCUAAACAUGUGUGACUGAGUGGAAAACUGUCUUUAGAUAAAUAAAUAAAAAAAAACAACUUGUGGCACACAUUGCUAAACUGUCUUUCCUUGCUGGUCAAACUGUUAGGUCCCACAAUAGUGUAGUUGUAUAAAUUAUUUCAAGUAGGUUGUUGCCAUGGGAUGAAGGCAGUCCCUGCCCAGAGGUGACUGUGCUGGGUUUCUCUGUAGCUACACCCAGAGUCAGUCCCAGGAGGGAUGAGUACUUAAACGUGCCUUUAUCUUGGUCAGUUGACACAUUGAACAUCAUUUGUAACAUUCACAUGACAUAUAAACUAACAAAAUAAAUACAAAAAAAUGGAGUGAUGUCAUGGUGCAGCCCAACAUAACCACUAGGUCAUUAGCAGCUUCUGACUUCUCUGUAAAACGUCAGAAAAUAAGUGGUCUGAAGGGACAGCACAAAUAAGAAAAGGAGCAGAUUUUAGUUCACUGGACAAGUAUUUGACCCUAUAUGUGCCAACAAAAUGUCAAGAACAUUGGGUGUGAGGGGAACACAGCUGAUGGUUUUGCAAUUCUCAACUGCCAUUAACCCAACAGAGUUGGGUAAAAUGGGAAAUGACAUGUUGCCAUUAAAGACAAGGCAACAGAGGAUGCCAACCACUGUUCAUGUCAACUAAACUGCAGUGAGAUUCUGAGUUUAAAAUCUGAUGAAUACCAGAAUCAUCUCACAAAACAUCAUCAGCAAUGGUAAAUACCCAUAUGGUCUUUUUGGAAAUCUGCUAUAAAUAUGGUUUAAAUAUAUACUGCACAGAUUAAAUUAAUCACUCCUGAUGAGCAGUGUCAGAAAACUAGAUGACCAUUAAUCAUACAAAAAAAUGAGGUGAGCUGCCAGAAGAUGAAUAAAAGCUGGCAGCUCUGCUCAAAUUUGUACGCACAAUUUAUCCAACACGUUUGUUCAACUUAAUAUCUGCAACUGAAAUACUAUCAUAAUCUCACAGAGAUGUGUGCAAUAUUGUGGAGAGUGGGCAUCUUUUCAUGAAGUAGAGGCUGUGGUGAUGUGGCUGUGUGUGUGAGGAGGAAGUAGAGGGAGGAGGAGGAGGAGGAGGAGGAGGAGGAGGAGGAGGAAUAGGAG